CAUGUUCAACUUGAGCCUGAACCGAGUAAGCGACCGGAUUUGAAAGUGGGGACAAUAAUGAUGAAUAAUGGGUUAAGGGCGAAUGCCAGGAAGAGGAUUGGAAAUGUUGCAGGAGUUGAAAUUGGAGAUAUAUUCAUUUUUAGGAUUGAACUGUGCAUGAUUGGAUUACAUACUCAAACCAUGGGUGGAAUUGAUUAUAUGAAUGUAACAUAUGAUCAAGUGCAAGAACCUGUUGCGGUAAGCAUUGUCUCGUCUGGAGGAUAUGAAGAUGAUGAUGGAGAUGGUAAAACAUUGAUUUAUACCGGGCAAGGUGGUAAUGUCUCAGUUGAUCAAAAGCUUGAAGGGGGGAAUCUUGCAUUGGAAAAAAGCGUGCACAGGGGUAAUGAAGUUAGAGUUAUUCGAGGUGUGAAGGAUGUUGAGAGUCGAAAAUCUAAAGUGUAUAUUUAUGAUGGGCUUUAUAGAAUUGAAAAGUCAUGGACAGAAAAAAGCAAAAUGGGUACCGCUGUUUUCAAAUAUAAAUUGGUGAGAAUACCUGGGCAACGUGAAGCGUUCACUAUUUGGAAAUCAAUUCAAACAUAUAACAUUGGUUGUCGUCCUGGCCUUUUAUUGAUAGACAUAACCUCAGGGGCAGAAAAGGUGCCGGUUUCGCUUGUAAAUGAGAUUGAUGGUGAUAAAAGGUCUCCUCGGUUUAUUUAUUUUAAAGGUCUCAAGUUUUCAAAAACUAUGAAGCCUUUGGUUGGCUGCAAUUGUCAAGGUACAUGCCUUCCAGGUUCCAAUUGCUCUUGUAUUAAGGUGAAUGGAGGUGACACCCCACAUGCCAAUGGGGUUCUUGUGGUUCAAAAAUCUGUGGUACAUGAGUGCGGUCCUUCUUGUUCAUGUUACCCUGGUUGCUCCAACCAAGUGUCGCAUAACGGUGUGAAAGUUCGCUUGGAGGUAUUUAAGACGAAGGAAAGGGGUUGGGGCGUCAGGUCUUGGGAUCCUAUGCGUGCAGGUACAUUCAUUUGUGAAUAUGCAGGUGAAGUUAUAGAUACGGAUGCCAAAGGAGCAGAUGUAGAUGAUGAAUAUACCUUUACCGCGAUCAACGCAGGAGACUACUCAAGUGAAUGGAAUUAUGUGCCUGAGCUAAUAGAAGAAGAGAAGCCCGUGGAUCUGAAUGAGAAAUUCAAGCCUUCAUCACCCAUAAUGAUCAGUGCGAAGAAUAUGGGUAAUGUAGCUCGUUUCAUGAACCAUAGCUGCUCUCCAAAUGUCUUUUGGCAGCUUGUCUUACAUGGCCAAAAUAAGGAUUCCUUUCCCCACGUCAUGUUUUAUGCAAUUAAACAUAUUCCUCCAAUGACAGAGUUGACAUAUGAUUAUCUGAAAUGCGGGAAAGAGAAACGAUGCUUCUGUGGAUCCGCAAACUGCAGAAGUUUUUUCAGCUAGGAGUUUUGUAGAACAGAAAAUUAAUGAUGAAAGAAUGAUUUAGGAUGUCCUUUUUACAAUUCAAGAUUUUUAAAAUCUCCAAUUUUGCUAACUUCUUGAAUGGUUAUGAAGAUAUACUUUCUGAAUUGUGUUCAGGGUUCAGGGUUCUGAAUUGUGUUUACUCUGCCUUCAUUGAAUGGUUGUAUUAGUUAUGUUAUUAUGCACCUUAUCUGUGCUGGAAUGUUUUGUUUGUGUAUGUAGCGAGCUCUAGUUCAAGUAAGAAACUGUAUCUUGCUGCAACAUUUUUUCAGCAGUAGACGUGAAAAUAACCCAACUAAUCAAUUACCUGCCUUUUCCAUUUACUUUUAUUUUUGCCUACCUUACUCUACCGUCUUAAACUAUCUUUUCAACAAAGUGAUGCAUAGUUACUUAUACUGGAAAGUUACAAAGCAGUUGUGUUGCUGAAGUACAUUACAUGUUUGGCAUAUUAUAUAGCUAAUUGAAAUACAAUGCAGUGUGAGGAUAUCUCUUCUUAUGAAACAGAAAUGCCAAGGUAACUAAAAGAAGUCUUUAGACACGGUAGCUAAAGUAUUGAAUAACGUAUGCAUUUAGGUUGUAAUUUUGCUUCCUCUAGGUGCCAUACAUGCACUAUAAAUUGGGGCAGAAGAGGAGGACCUUCCCUUAACUCCAUUAUCUCCAUAAUUUUACGAACGAUAGGGGUUAAAGAAUACGAAUCGAAGAUGAAGUAUUUGGUUGUGUUUGUAUCUCUUGUUUUGGUUCUGCACGAAGUCCAUGUUCUCUCCAUGGCUGCUUGUCCAACAUCAGAUGAUGAACCUUGUCCAGCGCCAAUACCUGAUCCACCCACGCCUGCACCUUCCCCGGGGCCUAAGCCUAAGCCGGGGCCUAAACCUAAGCCAGGGCCUAAGCCUAAGCCUUCCCCUUCUCCUACACCUAUUCCUCCCCCCACUCCUACUGGUCCCUGUCCUAUACCUGAUUCUCCCCCUACUCCUGGCCCCACACCGUCACCUACACCAGCUCCUGCACCUUCCCCUACCCCUGCGCCCGGCCCGCCUUGCAAUGACCCUAUCGAAUUUUAUCCUUGCGUUGAACUGUGGAUCCAUCCAACCGUUGCCGGGGCUGCUGUAUGCUGCCAGGCGAUACAGAAACACCAGGAUUGCCUUUGUGCCUUUUUGGCGAAUCCUAAAGUGAAGCCGUUUGUAUUACCUCAUACUGGAGCGAUCUUAGGAUGGUUAUGUCACUUCAAGUUUCCAAAAUGCGAGUGCCAAUAAGACAGCUUAUAAUGCUUCUGCUUCUUCUUCUUCCCUGCAUGUAUUAAUAUUCAGAAUAAACGCCCGAGAAAGAUCAUUGCUAUAAGAUCUUUGGUGCGGAGUUGUAUAUGAGUUAAUGAUGAUAUGAAAUACAUUUUCUGCUUGGUUA